AUGACUCGCCUUUGCUGGAGCCCUGCGCAACAGCUCGUAGGGGGCUUUGUUCCGCCGUUUUGUGCAAAGCAGAGUGGACACUACUGGACUGACCGAGACGUCGAACCUCGAACGAGGCGCUGGACGAAGCCGUUCCCUGCAAACAGCGCAUCUUGGCUCCAGCGACCUUCGGUCGGUACGGAUGGUUGCGCGAAGUGCCUAGUUGAGCCGCGAAAGAGAGCGAGCGCGUCCGCCUUGCAACUGAUAGCCAGCGACGGUUCUUCCGAGGCCAGGUCAUUGCCAUGGACAGGGCGCUGCCUCCUAUGCAUUGAGCUUGGCGCUAUGGUGCCCUUCGGAGACACCCCUGGCGGUGCGAACAACCACGACGAAGAGCGCCCGAGCCCGGAUCCGAGCCUUGCUGACUUUUUCGAACGCCUACGGGUUCAUGUCUCAGUAACGAAGCAACAGAUUGUACUGGUUUAUUUCUUUGAGGGAACUCUCAAGGAAGCACGGGAGCUUCUUGAGCGUUUCCCCAUCAUGGCUGAGCCUGACGUGCUUUGCACGCUCUGUGGCACUGAGAUCUACCAACGCGGCUACGUGGCACCAGAUCCGUACUGGGAACAGCGAAUGGCAGCUGUCGGCCUUGGUUUCGAUCCCAAGCCGAUCGCUUGGAUGAUGCGCGAGUCAUUUGAAAAAUGGCUUACGCCAGAAUUUGAUGAGAAACUGCUGAGUAAGCGCAAGUUACUAACAGAUCCUUCCGCAAGAGAAGUGGCGUAUCUCGAGUACUCCUGGCGAAGCGACCCGGACGAGGCCAUUGACCGUGCACAUCUGAUCGAGUCUGUGCAAGGCAAAAUGAAAGAGAUGGGGUUUGAGGCUACCCGAUGUAUCGUCUCACCGCUGGCUGGAAACCUGGUCCUGAUUCCAGACGAAGCGAGAAUGAGCAAGUGCCUUCAGUUCAUCAUGCUGAUGAUGAGACUAACUACCGCCGACCUGGUGCUGGUAGGGUCGGAAUCCAGUGCACUCUUACAGGAUGCUGUGCAGGUGUUUGAGUCCAGCGAUCCGGUGGCCUCACUCGAAGCGCUCGCACCCGACGUUCGAAAAUCCCAGUGGACGGACCUCAAACCUGGUGCAACGGGCUCUGCGAAUGCCGAGCGCGCCAAUCGUGGAACGCUGGUUCUGUUACCAAGCGCUUCUGGUGACGUGGCGGUUAACUUUAACGCACCAGAUCGUUGCCAGGUGGUGAAGGCAUCACAAAAGGGUGCUGCUGGCAUUAUUGAAGCACUUCUCGCGCUCGGCAAACUCUGA